AUGGCCGGCUCACCACCUCCAGCAGAAGAGCGCGAGAAGGCUGAUGCAGAGGCGGCUCGCAAGAAGGAACAGGAAGAGCAGGCCAAGCUGCCCUACAAAUGGGACCAGACAAUCAAGGACCUCGACAUCACAAUCAACAUCGAUGCAAGAUACAAGGGCAAGGAUCUCGACGUCAACAUCAGCCGGAAUGCCCUGAAAGUGGGCAUCAAAGGCCAAGAGCCCUUGAUCGAUGGCGAACUCCCCCACGCAAUCCACGUCGACGACAGCACCUGGACCCUCACCACACUGUCCACCAGCCCGCCCCAGAAAGAAAUCUCCAUCCACCUCGACAAGGUGAACAAGCUCGAGUGGUGGCCCCACGUCGUCACCUCGGCCCCCAAAAUCGACGUCACCAAAAUCACACCGGAGAACAGUAAACUAAGCGAUCUGGACGGCGAGACGAGGGGCAUGGUCGAGAAAAUGAUGUAUGAUCAACGGCAGAAGGAGGCGGGCAAGCCGACGAGUGAUGAGCAGAAGAAAUUGGAUUUGCUCGAACAGUUCAAGAAACAGCAUCCUGAAAUGGACUUUUCGAAUGCUAAAAUGGGUUGA